CCAAAGAGACACUAUGACAGAGGAAGAUGCAUGGUAAUUGCUCUCACUAUCAACGAGAAGGACAACGACCUCGAUCAACCUGCAAGGAGUACAUGAACCAGUUACAGUCAAUUUAAGUUACAAUCUUAGUUAGUACACCUGAAUUUGCAAAUUCUAACCGAGCUCCGGCCCUAGCCUGCUUGAUUUGGGGUCGUCGAUCAGAUCAUGGCGUUGCGACUCUCUUUGGUGGCAAUCCUACUGCUGUUAUUGGCGGCUAGUACUACUACAACAACAGCAGCUCCUGCUCAAGCCAAGUCCGGCUGCUCAGACAAGUGCGGCAAUCUCACAAUUCCAUAUCCAUUUGGCAUGCAUGAGAGUUGUUACCUGCGAAAAGAAUUCUUCAUCUAUUGCGACAAAACGACCCAACCACCAACAGCAUAUUUAAUGAAUAAAUACGACAAUAUCAUUGUUAGAAACAUUUCUCUAGAGGCUGGAGAGUUGCAUAUGUUGAGUUAUAUAGGGCGAGAUUGUUACGAUGAAAAAGGCAAUCGAACUGACAGAAGCAGGAGACCUCGGCUCUGGCUGCCACCUCCAUAUACCAUAUCCGAUACCCAAAACAAGUUCUACGCCGUUGGUUGUGACACUUAUGCAAUCAUCCGAGGCUUCCGAGGGGAAGAAGAAUUCAUUACUGGCUGCAUGUCACUAUGCAACAGCCUUGGAAGUGUUGAUAAGAACUCUUGCUCUGGCGUUGGGUGUUGCCAGACUAACAUCCCCAGUGGACUGCACAGUCGUACUGUGAGUUUGAGUAGCUACUACAAGCAUUCAUAUGUGCGGGACUUUAACCCCUGCAGCUACGCCUUCAUUGCAGAGCAAGGCCAGUUCAAUUUUUCCCUUGCAAGUUUUGAUGAAUUGAACAACACUGAACAGAUUCCACUGGUUGCUAAUUGGGCAAUUGGGAAUGAGACACACCCCUGUGAUGAAGCUCAAAAGAGGAAGGAUAUCGUUUGCAAGGCUAAUAGCAGCUGCGUCAACAGUCCUCACAAUGGGUUAGGUUACUUGUGCCAGUGCUUGCCUGGUUACGAAGGAAACCCCUACCAUCCAGUUGGUUGCCAAGAUUUUGAUGAGUGCAAGGCUUCAAACCCCUGCCAGAAUGGCAAGUGCUCAAAUUCACCUCCAGGAAAUUACACUUGUGUAUGUCACAAAGGAUACAAACACGAUGGCAUGAAUGACAAGAGUUGCAUCAAAGAUGAUUCAAAAAGACUCUCAGAGAUCUUUCUCCUGCUUAUUGUUACAUUGGGUGUAAGUGCAGGCUUCUUGGUUUCUUUCAUUGGAAUUGCAUGGUUAUGGUGGGGAAAUAAGAAAAGACAAUUCAUCAAACUGAAAGAAAAGUACUUUAGAGAAAAUGGAGGCUUAUUGUUACAACAACAACUUGCCAGUCAUGGAGGUUCCGUGGACGCAACAAAAAUUUUCAGUGCGGAAGAACUUCAGAAGGCUACAAACAAUUACCAUGAAAGCAGAGUUCUUGGCAAAGGAGGCUAUGGAAUAGUAUACAAAGGUAUACUACCAGAUAACCAAGUGAUUGCCAUAAAGAAGUCAAAAGGUUGUGUCGGCAGUCAGAGUGAGCAAUUUGUCAACGAGGUAAUCAUUCUUUCUCAAAUCAACCACAGAAAUGUUGUGAAGCUUUUGGGUUGUUGUUUAGAAACAGAAGUGCCUAUACUUGUAUACGAGUUCAUUAGCCAUGGCACUCUUCAUGAGCACAUUCAUAAGAAAAGACCAUCACUCUCAUUUGAAUUACGAAUGAAGAUAGCAGCUGAAGCAGCAGGAGCACUAGCACAUUUACACUCCUCAAUUUCCACACCAAUCAUACAUCGAGAUGUCAAAGCAGGGAACAUUCUGUUAGAUGGCAAGUAUAUGGCGAAAGUGUCAGACUUUGGAGCUUCACGAUUGGUUUCUUCAGGUGAAGCUGGAAUACAAACUGUAGUGCUCGGGACAAUAGGAUACCUGGACCCUGAAUAUCUGCACUCAAACCAACUAACAGAAAAGAGUGAUGUUUACAGCUUUGGGGUUCUCUUGGCUGAGCUUUUAACAAGCAAAGUGGCAGUUUCUAAAGAUAAAUUCUUAGCAAGCAUCUUUGUUUCUUCCAUGGAAAAAGAUUGCUUAAAUCAAGUGCUUGAUGAUGAGAUAGUGAAUGAAGGAAAUAUUGAGAUGGUGAAAAAUGUGGCCAAACUUGCAAGAAGAUGUUUGAGGGUAAAAGGGGAGGAAAGGCCUACCAUGAGAGAAGUAGCCAUGGACCUAGAAGGAAUGAUUAUGACAAAGCAUCCAUGGGGUUCUGCAGAUCAUUACUUUCCAGAAGAGACAGAAUACUUGCUCGGAUCACCUAAUACUUCCAAGGAUUACUCUGUGAAUGUUGGUGGUUGUGGUCGUGGUACUGCCAGUGGGUCUAGCAUGCAAAUAGACAUGUCAAUGUCUUCAUAUGCUGAUGGGCGAUAGUCAUUUGACUCGUUAACAUUGAUGCAGUGUUUGUAAUGUAAAUCUAGCUAGAUAUCAGUAUGCUAAAACAAUAUCUAUCGGUCUUAGUCAAAGGCAUUGCCAAUAGGCCUUUUAGGCCAUGCUGAGAUAAUUUCUGUAGUAGAAGUGUCUUCAGUUUAGGGCCUUUUUUUUUUUUUUUUGGGGUCAAAUUCAGUUUAGGGCUCUGGAAUUGAUAUUUUGUUGGGACAGUGAAAAAUUUGGUCAAUUGUUACGCCUUCAGUUGCUUUA